AUGCCCGUCGAAUCCCCACUCCUCCCGCUCCUCGACCUCAUCACUCCUUACCUCCCGAACUCGCUGGCGAACCCUUUGUACACGCUCGCCUCGCUGGACAUCCAGUCCGUGUACCACAACCCCUCGCAGCUUCUCCCGCUCGCCCUCUCCGCCCUCGCAGCGUACACCGCCUUCCUCUCCUUCGUCUCAACCGCCCGCUUCGCCGUCCGGACCGCCAUCUCGCUCGUCAAAUGGGGCUCGAUCGCCGCUGUCUUGGGAGCGGUGUGGAUGGGCGUCAACAAUGCAGGAAGUGAGAAGGGAGUAAGUGGAGGCGUGAGGGACGCGGCGUCGUACGCAGGACAAUUCGGGAGGGGACUCUUCAGCCUCGGCCAGAAGGGCGCAGGCUACUACUUUGGCGCACCCGCCAGCUCGAAGACGCGGGACAGGCGUCGGCGGUCGUCGUCGAGGAACGCUGCGCCGGCAGGAAGCGGACGAUGGGGCGACAACCGCGACGCCGCUGCCGAGGACUUUGUCGGCAACGCGAUGAAGUCCGUCCUCGAGUUCAUCAACCCUCCUGCGGGUUCGACGCAGGAAAAGGUGAAGCGCUCGGCGAAGAAGGCGAUGGGCGGGUCGGGCUCGUCGAGUUCGGGUGGUGAUGGGCUCGGUGGGUUGGCGUGGAACUUGGCUAUGGGACGAGCGAAGAAGGCCUGGGACGAGAUGACGCAGGAGGCAAGCGGGAACGAGCCGGCGGGACGGACUAGCCUAUUUGCUGCACCUUCUCCUUCGUCGCGGUAG